CGAGACUCGAUGUUAUUGCUUAUUUUCUGCCACCAUAUGUCAACACAGCGCUACAAAGGUUCUUUACACAAAUAAAUAAAACCAUGUGUCAAUGUUUUCAAAAACAUAGCUCUUGAAAUACAAACCAUUUGACCUCGGAUAUUAUAUUACAUUAUAAGAGAGGGAGAAAGUGUUAACGUCGAGUAUGUUUCAACACACACACUAUUUGCAUAUCGGGGAAAACAACUCUUACAGACAGUAUAAUCAAUGUGACAGUAAGCUCAACAGAUGAUAGAUGUUAAGUACGUUUCUACUGAACGAGCGCAUUUACUAGCUGAUUACAGUGUACGUGUCGUAAUGUUUAAACACAAGACCGUCUGCGCGCUGUCAAGAUGCGGAUACUUCCCCGAGGACCAUAAUAAAGAAACAACAGUAAACCAAUAAGACGAUAUCAGUUGGAGUAGCGACUUCAAUUAAAAACUAUACAGCCUUUGGACGUUGGGGAAUACAGACGGGGAAUGCUGAAAACAAUCGCAUUCAAGAGGAACAAAAAGUGAUGAGCCUCAAGUCAAUGACCAUAGUUUAUUUGCUAGGUGUAUCUGCUGACAAUUACAAAUUACUUUUACAAAGGACAGAAGCCCCGGGAGAAUAAUAUCGAACGAGUUUUUCGGAACUACGAUUGUUGGGUUCCACCAGUGUGAAACAAAUCAUCGACCAACUAACACUUGACGUACAAACGACAUGAAUGAAUUAAGGAUUUGUUUCCGUUAAUGUACUAACUUGUCAGUGGAUUUUAUGUAACAUGAGUUAGCUUAAUGCAGUACAUCACAGUGUAAGUAAACUAGCGUGUUGAGAAUUAUUUAUAUUAAUGCCAGAACUUACCAGAUCCGAUAUUACAUCUAUAAUUGAAUGGUAAUUAUCGUGUGGCGGAGACAGAGGCAGAAACAUCAAGUUGUUCAGUGUCAUUGAAACAACCUUCGAAACACAAGUUAUCAUGAUUAGAAAUGUCAUUAAUUUAGGAUCCGCUUAUAAAAGGGAAACUGACGUUCGGUGAGGUCAAAAUGAACAAGGAAAUGAGUAUUGGUUGCAGAUAUAAUAGCCUACAAAUGAUGCUAUUGAAUACAAUACUGAAUCGUGACUAGAGAGAUCGGGACAUUUAGAUAUUUAUUUGUCGAAUUUGGAGAAUUGUACUGGAAAAACACUUCUUCCUUGCGAAGUGUGAAACAAUUUCGGUCGCUAGACGUAUACAGAACAGAUAGCAAGUCAUUUGACUACAUUUCCAUUCAGUGGUGAUAGCCCACGGGACAAAAAUGAACAAUUCGUGGAUUAAUAUAAUUCCCGUAUGUAGUUCUGAUCUUACUGACAUUAACGUUUAUUGAUUGUAAAUCGUAAUUGUAUUAAAGUUUCACGAGAUACAAAUAGUUCUGCAGAACAUAGUAUCCAUUUCCUCAACAGACUUAUGGAAUACUCUCUUAAUCAAGCUCAUUUUAUGACGCGACAAAAGCUCGUUGUGACGAAUUGAAAAGGACAAAAGAGAGCACCUCUACCGGAUUAAUGUACCUCAUUAUCCAAGAUUUGAAAAGUGUUGACAGUAGUGCAAUAACUGCAAAACAUUGAAUCAGACACUACACGUAAUCCAAGCGCCUGGACCAUUUUGCAAAUUGGCGUAUGAUGAGAUUCUAACUUUAGUAAAAGACAAUUACAAAUAAUAGGGAGAUAUAUUUCGAACGUGAUUGUCUCGCUGAGGCAUCGGAUUAGUGUUAACUAUAACUUGUUAUAUUGGCUUCUUUCGACAAACGAAUCCGUACCAUGUAUUUCGACUGAGAUAUUAAAUCAGUCUUGAGGUUGGCAUUUGUGCUUCUAUCUGUCAUUCAAAAUUGAAACACUUUUUGCUUAAUAUUAAAUUGCGAUCAAUAGCCAUAUAGCGUGCUUUUGCAGUAUUAUAGAGACGUGAACUGACUCUGGACUCUACUGCUUGAAGAAGCGGAGUUAAAGUCAAAUUUGUUUUACAUCUUUGAAGUAGAAAUACUAUUGUCAUGAUGUAUUUUCUAAGGAGCUCAAUUAUGUAUAUAUCGGAGUCAAGUCCAUUGGCGUUGACUCUAUAUGCAACAGCGUUUGUGACAAUAUUCAUGUACUUUAAGAUGUUAAUCUGUGGAAACCAAGCACCGAAGCUUUAUUACAAAGAUUCGACACUUGCUCAAUACUUGUUGAAAAGAUGCACCAUUCUCACGGAGCCUUAUGUGCCGACAUUCUGGGCAACCAACUCCCAUUUGCAGACCAUACUUGCGGCUUUGCUUCCAUGGCCGUCGGUGGACUUUUCAAGGGAAUAUUUCAUGAUGAAGGACAAGGGAAUGGUCGCGCUCGACUGGGCAAUGUCAAAACCAUGGAUAUUAAAUAAGACAAGUCCUGUUUUGUUGAUAAUUCCGGGGCUGACAGGUGGUGCGGAAAGUAUGGCGGGAGUAUGUCAAAUGGCGAGCAUUCGAGGAUAUCGAUGUGUGGUGUUUAAUAAAAGAGGGCAUGGGGGAACACGUCUCUCCACCCCAAAACUACAGAGUUUUGGUGAUCCAUCGGAUUUGCGGCAAUGUGUUAAAUACAUUAGGAUGAGAUACCCAAAAGCUUCUAUUGUAGGGUUAGGCUCAAGUGCAGGCUCAGGGCUCUUGGUGUCAUAUUUAGGAGAAUUUGGUUCGUCUGCAUAUUUAAAAGCGGGUGUGUUAAUAAGCCCAGGGUACGAUGCAGCAGAACUGUUUUCUAACACCAUACAAAAACCUUACGAAUAUAUAUUGUUGUAUAGUCUUAAAAGACUUUUAUCAAAACAUUUGCAUGCCUUGUCAGAUGUUAUACAUCCACAUCAAGCCCUCCAAGCAAAUUCUUUGACCGAAUUCGAAGAUGCGGUUUAUAACAAAAUGUAUGGAUACGAAACAAUGGACCAUUACUGGGACAAGAACAAUCCGAUGAGAGAUGUCGAUGAUGUAAGCAUUCCAGUGAUGUGCAUAAAUAGCAUCGAUGAUCCAAUUUGUAAAAAGAAAAACAUUCCAUUUGAAUUAUUUGAGAUUUAUCCCAACUUUCUCUUAGCUGCUACUCAUAAAGGAGGGCAUUGCGGAUUUUUCACGGGGUCUAUUCCUCAUUCAUGGGCGGACAAAGUGGCAGUAGAAUAUUUAGACGCAGUUUUAGAUUUCAUGAAAACGUCUAACUGUAAGUCAAUGUCGGUUUCAAUUAAUAACAAUAAUAUUUCAUAACAUGUGACAAAGCAUAAAAAUCAGUAUUAUCAGCUCCACAAUGUAUUGAUCAGACAUGGAAAUAAAUGCGAUAAAAGAUGAAUGAAUAAUAGAAUAGCUUUGUUUCAAUUCAUUAGAAGAAACGCAUACAU